GCCGCGAGUCGAGGCGAGCAGCAGCAGUGGCCAAUGGGAGCCGCAGAGGUCGCUCGUGCUCGCGCUUCCGGCUCGGCAGCUCGGCUCGUCACAUGACCGCGCGCAGCCUCGGUAGGCCAUAUUUGACAGUGCUUGGCCCAUAAUACUAGUGUUAGUCGGGGUGAGCAGAGAGUCGAGUGCGUGGAUCGAGCGUCAGCGAGUCUGAACGAGAGAGAGAGAGCGCGCGCGUAAGUGCUGAGGGAGAGAGAGACGAACCAAGUGGAUCCUGAACGGAAAAAGAGCGGCGGCUUGUACAGCAUAGCAGUCGCGAAUCCAGGAGGAAUCCAGACAGACAAGACAGUUCUACGGUUCGAGAGAUCAUCGCUCUCGGCACUCAAAUCAACCUUUCGCGCGACAGUAAAGCAAAAACAGCAAGAUGAGCGACGGUCAUUGGCCUGAGGGCAACACGAUCUACGGACCGUUCUUCGGCGUCAUGGGUGCCGCAUCGGCCAUCAUCUUCUCCGCCCUGGGGGCGGCGUAUGGUACUGCCAAGUCAGGUACCGGAAUUGCAGCUAUGUCUGUAAUGAGGCCUGAGCUCAUCAUGAAAUCCAUCAUUCCUGUUGUUAUGGCGGGUAUCAUUGCCAUUUACGGUCUAGUCGUGGCCGUACUUAUCGCUGGAUCUCUUGAAGAACCCAUGAAAUACUCCCUUUACAAGGGAUUCAUCCACCUGGGUGCUGGUUUAGCUGUCGGGUUCUCCGGUCUUGCAGCUGGUUUCGCCAUCGGAAUCGUUGGUGACGCCGGUGUCAGGGGUACAGCUCAGCAGCCACGUCUGUUCGUUGGUAUGAUCCUGAUUCUCAUCUUCGCCGAGGUAUUGGGUCUCUACGGUCUCAUCGUCGCCAUCUACCUGUACACUAAGCAAAAUUGAACAACUCGAUCGCGACGCUCUACAAAGGAAAAUCAAAGUCAUGAUUUUCUCUCGCGAUUCCUACGCUUAUUAUCUCCGAUUGUUUGUUGAGCCUACAUUGCUUAGUUGAAAUGCGCCAACGAUUGUACAAUUAUACAUAUACAUACAUAUAGAGAGAAAGAGAGAAAGAGAGAGAGAGAGAAAGAGGAAAAUAAAGCGAUUAUUUCGCUUUCGAGUCUUUUAAAUUUUAUUAAUUAAUAUUAUUAAUUAUUAUUAUUACAUUAUUAUUAUUACUAUUAUAAUUACUGCAUUACUUUUCCUUUUUUUAUCUUGUUCCUUAAACGAAAACAAACCGAAAGCAUGCCUAAAACGCGAUUAUACCGAGUAAAUCAUUUCCGCAAGAAUUGCAGUAUCUCUUCUGCUGCUCUGUGAAGGAGACAAGUUAAUGAGAAAUAAUAUUAAUUGAUGAAAAAAAAUCAUGAUUUUGAUUUCUAACGUGACUCCGGCUAGACCGGAUUGGCACAACCCUGACACUAAUUAAUAACAUUAAGAAAAAAAACUUGAAUAAGAGCGUCAGCCAUAGUGGCAGGAUCGCAAGGCUUGUCGCCUGCAACCGGCGGAACUUCGCUCCCGAAACUAUCAGAGCAGAAACAAAAACUACGAGCGUUUCGACACACUCAUUAAUAUAAAGAUACACAUUUUACUUAAAAGAAAAUAUCAACAACAAUUAAAUUCAGAAGCAAAAUGCAAGCGCGUAAUUUUACUACGAGCUUUGUGAAGCAAGUCAUCGUCGAUCAUCUCUCUGCAUCUUUUCGUAAAUUAUAUGCGUUAAAGUAAUAUAAUUCAGAUCAUUAAACUAUUUAGAUUUCAAGCAUUUAACGUUUCGAGAAACAACAUGCUAUUCAGCUGCAAGUACGAAAGAAACAAGUAAAUCAUAUAAUAUAAAACACUCACUCGCAUAACGAGCUUUGGUGGUGUGCGCGGAUGACAAAUAAAUCAACAAAAAUAAACGCUUGUUCACACACAACAAGAGAGUGAGUUAGCCCGGAAAAGAUGCAAAUAGAAGUUGAAUGUUGAAGCGCAGGGAGGCCGUAAGAGACACGUCGGUGUUGAAAAAGAAAACAGGCGACAGGAGGAAAAUUUUAACAAGUGGUUUACUACCAGCCCAUGUCCCAUGCCGAAACCUUUCUCUUUCAUCAUUGUAUAGUAAUCAUUUUAGUCUAGUUUGUCUUGGAAUUAUCAAUUGAAUUUAUUGGCUCUACUGAGUGUAUAAAGAGUUACAAGUAAAAGAAGAAAAAACAAAUAAUUAACGAACAUAAGACGGCGAAGAUGGAAAAUGAACACUUAGCACAAUUAUAUAAAUAUAUAUAAAUAUAUGUAUACAUACAUAAAAUGCAAGCGAUGCGGCGACGAUGAUACAAUACUGUUUAUAAAAAAAAAAUAUAACAAAUGUAAGUCGAAGCUAGCCUGAUGUAGAGAGAAUGUGAGAGAACGCGAGAUAGAGAGAGACAGCGGGAAGAGCGGCCAAGAAACUAAGCCAAUCAACAGAUCGGAAAAUGAAGAUAGCAGCAAAGAUAGCAUUUGGUGAGGGAGUGCGUCAAGAUACGACACUUGCACAGCUACACCUACGAAAAGAGUGGGAGAGAUUGAGAGAGAGAGAGAGAGAGAAAACACGCGAUAGUAUUAUAGUCAAUUUGGAGAGAGAGAGGCUUUGUGCACCUGCGCGGCUUUAGUGAGCAGAGUAUUAUAAUAAAAACGUAUCACAGUUCAGGGUCGAAGCAGUGGCCAUCUAGCGCUCGAGCCUUCCGUUAAUAAUCUUGGAAGAAGUGGAACAAGAGCAGAACACUGCACGCAUAUACUCCAUGCACACAACACCUACAAUACACACCAAGAUGAUGCUGAUGAACAAGUGCACACAGUGAAUAGGUAGUCAACGGCCAAGUUAUCUAGCUGGUUGGACGUGUUUCGGGAAGAGCGAUUAAUGAGUUAAAACCGGAUCGAUGCGGAAUAGACGCGAGUGCGAUACGUAAACACAAAAAAGGCUGCGGGCUUUACGGAAAGAGGAUUUUAAUGGGAGAAUCUUUGAUGAAAAAUUUGUACAUUCCAUAAUAAGUACGUUGAGUUUCAACAAUGAAGAUGUUUCAACAAAAAAGAAAAAAAAUAUAGCGAAGGACGAGCGACGGAGGGUUGUCACCGCGCAGAGGUGUGAUGUAUACGACGCGGAAGGAAGCCGGGCCGUCCGUCUGGGAGCUGACGAGCGGCCCCCGCUUCUCCGAAGGAUUUUCCUUCUCUUUCGAUCUUACACACCCACGCUCCUCGCGCGCCUCCCUUGACAUCGAGCCGAAAUCUUCAGCUAAUUUACAAACACACGUUCAGCGCUCGUCCUUGUCAAUCGUGCAGUAUUUCCUAUCUUUAAAAACAAGAUACACACAAAAAAAGUAAUCGAGCUCAACGUGCAGGUGCAUUUCUGCGGGAGCUUUUUAUCUUUUACUUCCUCAUAAAAAUGUCUCUUGGAACAGUAAUUUCUUGUCGCCGUUAUCGACGAAAAAAAAUCAAUAUAGUUACCACCGACCAACCGAAAGCUCGUGCGGAAAUGCACCUGCAGCUGUGAAGAGAAGCUGUCAUUAUCGAAACUGUCAAAAAGAUUAAAAAAAUAAUAAUAAUAGAAUAAAACGACGCAAUAGACCGAGACCAUACGACUGACUGACGGACGAGCGGACGAAAAUAUAAUAAACGAGAAUAAUAAUAAAAAAAAACGCGAAAAAAAAGUAAUAAAAUAUAUAAAGUGGAGGAUAAAACCGAGGCUCGUUGAAAUUCUCCGCCAGUAUAAUACACACAUAGGGAUGGCAAAAGAGCAAUGGUUUAGAGCCGAGGGAUUGAGAAUGUGUCGGUAGGUUGAUGAGCGGCUAGAAUGCGUUUAGAAUUUUUUUCUUUGUUUUCGAAAAAAAUAAAAUAUGAAAACGUAGUGGAGAGUAACCGCAAAGAAAAAGAGUUAACAACACUGGUGCAAGAAAUUGAGAGAGAAAGGGAUGAUGAGAGUGAGACACGGAGGUGCAAGAGCGUGAAAGGAGCAAGUUAUAGACGAAAAAUAAAAAAAAAAACAAGUGCGAAGAUUCUGCAAAGGGAAAUUAUAAACGAGCCGGGUGGCGCGGUGGUGGAGUAGGGGCAACUUUUUCUCGCGGUGGACGGUCCGGAGUAUCUGUGGUUUGAGAGAAUCUAUACGAUUGCACUUUUCGAUAAGAUAACAAUGUGUAUCCAAAGCCCCUGAUUUAACAAAAACGAGUUAUUAUUAUUAUAUACGAAGAAAAAAAUGCACGUGAAAAUUUUUCAAACGAAGAUCGCGCAGCUCGCGGCUAAUAAUAAUAUACCAUUAGACGACGUAAUUGUAAAUUGUAAAACCCUCUUUUCUCUUACUUAUACUUUACACGGUUAUUGAUUUGUUCUUUGCGAUUAAUAUAGAUGAAUAUUAUAUAUAUAUAUAUAUAUAUAUAUAUAUAUAUAUAUAUAUAUAUAUAUUGUGAUGUAUACCCGUUAAUUUUGUCGUUUGUUAGGUUCUCUGUAUCGUUAUUCCCAGAUCGUCUAUCUAUCUCUGGGACAUGUUUGAUGUGUAUGCAAGCUGAAAGUGCAACUCCGAUAUAUAAAUAUGUUAUAUAUAAAUAUCUAUAAUAUAACUAAACCCAAUAUACAUAUUACAUAUAAAUAUAUUAUAUAUAUGUUCAGUUGUGCACGUGAAUAUCUGUAGUGUGCGCGUGUGUGUUGUACAUACCACGAAAUUUUGUCGAUGCUUCGCGCGCUGUGUUAUUAAAGGCUUUGGGCUAUAGAUUAGUGCCAGGUAUUAAUCUCGCGUAUUAUAUAUCAAAAGCUCGUGCAGCUAUGUAACCACGCAUGCAUUUUUAAAUAUCGAUGAUGAUGCUGACGAUGAUGAUUAUUCCGUAAAAUGUAUUAGUGUCCGUGUGAUUGAGAGUAGAGAUAGAGAACUGGGGGAACAAGAGUCUGAAAGAGAGGGAGAGCAUGUGUGCGCGUCAUAAGAAUCUGCGAGAGCGAAAGAGAAUCUAUAUAGUAUAGAAUGAGAAGAGGACGCCGCCACCGCCACCGCCACCGUCGCUGCCCCCACCCAUAGUACUAUCUUCCAGUGUUACUAGUAGAUUCAUUGUUGAGCGCUGAAAGUACGUGAUACUGAUCAAUAAUUAUUUAUGUUAUAUGAUUCGUCCUCGAUGUUACAGAAAACCGUGUUUAAUAAAAAUUUAAUUUGGACAAACAGA